GAUUCCGCUCUCCACCAGUGCCGACUCCGAGUCCCCUGCACUGCACUGCAGCUGCACCACCCGCCCUCUCCUCCACGUUGUCCUCCACGUUGGUCCCCCUCCCUGCUCGCUGUCGUCCACGUCGGCCUCCCCUUCCUCCUCCUGCUUUCCCUGCUCACCGUCCGUUUUCUGUUCAUUCAACGUUCGGGCACACAGCCGUUAUCGCCUCCAGGUACACACACGCUGGCAAGCCGAGAGCUUCAUUUACCAAAUCCCGUUCCUCUCGUAAGUCUAUGUGCUGCUACCCCGGCCCUCCCUCACCGUCCACCCCGUCCACCUUGCUUAUCCUGGAUAGUUGCUCGAAUACAUUCUGUCAACUGCGCUCCUUUAUUCUCCUUCCGUAUCCUUUCGCGUGAUUAGCAUUAUUCGUGUUUCCCAUCCGAUCAUUUUCUGCCAUACCCAGCUUGUAGUGGCCCAGAUCUGUCCUCGGUAGUGUCUCUUUCCGCGCUGUUAUAUCCUCGUCUUCGCGCGAGGUGGGGUGUGCAUAUAGCUUAGUGACCAUCAUUUACCCCUAGUUUAUUCAGAACCAUGCCCUUCUCCUAUAUCCAGGACACUCCUGAUGCCCUAGAUGAUACUGCCAGUAACGCUUCGUUUAGCAGCAGCGCUCGCGAUGGCACAAACACUCGGGACAUCUUCAGCACCAGUGUGCAUUUCCAAAUGCCUCAGCUCAUGCUUGGGCCUACCCUCGCCUUAGGUGGUGGCGCAGAAGUUCUUCCAACCGGCUUGCUCCCAACUACAGACGCCUUCACUGCUUCAUGGUCUGCCACUUCCGCCGUGGCUUCUCUUGCUUCUACUAGCUUCCCUCCUCAGAUCUCGCCCCCAGCUUAUCCGCUAGCUUCUACAUACGAGACCUCGUGCAAGUCCGCCUCUGAUUAUGGCUUCCUUCCCGCCAUCGCUCCUACUCAGGCGCUCCUCACACCCUCGCCGCGCGGUCUCCCUGUCUAUUCUACCUCUGGCUUCGAUCUCCUAAGUAUCCUCGCUCGCGUGGCUUCUCGGCCGAACCCCAAAAUCGUCCUUGGACCAGUAGACAUGUCUUGCGCUUUUAUUGUCACCGACGUUCGUCGUUUCGAUAACCCCGUCGUCUACGCGAGUCCGACGUUCUACCGUCUCACUGGGUACACCGAGGACGAAGUCCUCGGUCGCAACUGUCGAUUUCUUCAAAACCCAGAUGGGCAAGUCAACAAGGGUGAUGAUAGAACUGACACAAGCCCCGAAGCCGUCAGCCUUCUUUGGAACUCUGUCAACGCCAACAAGGAAUGUCAAACCAGUCUCAUCAACUACCGAAAGGGCGGCGCAGCGUUUGUCAACCUUGUGACCAUUAUUCCCGUCCCAGGUGGCGUGAACAACACGCCAGAAGAAGCUGACGACUACAUCUACCAUGUCGGGUUUCAAGUCGACUUGACGGAACAGCCGAAUGCGAUCUUGAACCGAUUGAGAGAUGGGACCUAUAUUCUAGACUAUAGUAAUCAGGGGCAUCCGGGUGCAGGUUUGGCGACAAGGGACUGGAGGACGAAUAGUGCUUUGAUGAGUGGGGCGAGCAAGGAGCUGAGAGCCAUGUUAACGGAUCCGGCCUUUACGACUUCUAUUCCUCUUGCCCUUGGAACAACGUCGCUGUCACCGGCUACUCUGGCUAAUUCUACCUCGGAGCGAACUCCAUCAGAUCCAUACGACGGCAACAAACUUCUUCACCUUUUGCUACUCCAAAUGGUUCCCGGAGAUUUCGUACACGUCGUAUCGCUCAAAGGUGCCUUCUUGUAUGUGGCGCCAAGCGUGAAGAACGUUCUGGGGUACGAACCGGAAGAAUUAGUUGGGAAGUAUGUUAGCGAGUUCUGUCAUCCUGCGGAUGUCGUUCCCCUCAUGCGUGAACUCAAGGAAUCCUCUACGGCAGCUAAUGCAGCAGCCACAGCUGCAACACUCGCCUCUACGUCCAUCAUAGGCUCGAACUCGACUUCCAGCGAUCUUCCUACUUCGUCUUCAACAGGGUCACACAGUUCUAACCAAAAUGCAAGUGGCAUGGCGAAAGUGGUCGAUUUGCUCUUCCGUAUGAAAGCCAAGUCCGCGAAUGGGUCCGGAUAUGUCUGGCUCGAAUCAAGGGGCAGACUACACAUCGAACCAGGGAAAGGUCGGAAAGCUAUCAUCCUCAGCGGGCGGUUGCGUAGGAUGCCCAUGCUCGAUUGGGGUCUGGUUACAAGGAACAUAUCUCCAUCGCUGCCAUCUCCCGCCACUGCCGAUCCUGUUGUAUCAUCGACUUCUACUACCAGAGAGGGGGAGGUGGGUACGGCGGAGAACACUGACUUUUGGGGCUUGUUGAGCCGACAUGGAACCUUUCUCUUCGUUGGGAGUGCGAUCCGGUAUGUUCUUGGAUGGGGCGCUGGGGAAGUCAUCGGAAGGCCUAUCGUCGAUUUGGUUCCUUCAUCUCCUUCCACUCAGACAUCUCAGCCCCAGUCGAUCACCGAAUCGCAGUUGCAGAAACAAGCACUCGAACAAACGCUCCUGAGCGUUCAAAACGAUUUACGGUAUGAAACUCAAGUGGUGGAUUGCGAAAUGGGAAAGAAGGACGGUGGACAGGUAUCUGUCCGAGUGCUUUUCUUUCGACCUUCGGCGAUUCAAGACUCUUCUUCGAGUUCAAAUGCACUGUCGGGCUCCUGGGCAGAGCUGAAUAAUUCCUGUGGUCCUAUCGUCUGUCACGUUCGCGUCGCUUCACCUUUAUCUUCGCAACAACCGCAGAUGGGCUCUCGCUCAAGAAAAAGCACAGAAGAUGUGUUUGCGGAAAUCGAACCUACAAAAGACACGUCUUGGCAGUACGAACUCCAACAGCUCAAGUACGCUAAUCAACGGCUUGUCGAGGAAGUCAGGGAAUUCGAAGAGGAAUUGGGGAUCGAGCCAAGGUAUGGAGACUUGUCUCCAUCUGCUUCCGGCUCGAGUAUGAAUGGAAGCGAUGAUGGGGGUAAUCGGAGUGUCAGUAGUGGGCACGCUGGAAGGGAAGAAAGUAGGCGAGAAAGUGCAGGUAAAGGAGAGCCGGUGGCGUUGUUACACCGGUACGAUAUAGACUUCCCACCUUCUUCCUCGACUGGAAUCAGCAGCGACUUUCCCUUCGAUAAUCCUCUUUCAGGAUGGUCACGCCAAAGUCAAAGUCAGCAACAAAUGCAAAUACACGCUCAACGUCAAUCUCACAUGCCAGUGUCGAUGUCGAUGCCUCUGUCAAACACGCAGUCUCAGCCACACAUGCAACAAAUGCCUUAUCACAUGUCGCAAUCACACCCUCGACCCCUUUCGAGACCACCGAGUAGUCAUCAGCAUCAACAUGCCCGAACCUAUACUCAACUCCCGAGGCUUUCUUCUCGUCAUGUUUCUCAGCCUCAAUCACAUUACCCUCAUUCGCAGUAUCAGCAUGGCGGGUAUUCACAUCAGCAGCAUUAUUCGCCGCCGCAUCCGCAGUCUCAGGUUGAGGAGCAAGACAGAAGACGAGUGCAGACGCAUUCGUAUUCGAGCUUACCUUUGAAGCGGCCUUGGGACUCUACCAGUGACGGUGGUUGAAGAUAUCGGGCUCUACUCGUCUCGUCGUUAUUCUUGGUUCCGUUGUUGCAAGACUCGACUUUGAAAGGUUCAGACUCAAGACGCUCGAUAUCGGGCUUGCCAUUCCCGCCCACUCGCUUUCGCAUACCCUCACCAACGCCUUGGUCCUCACCAUGACGUCCAUCUUUCGCAGUACACAUCGACACCCGCCAUUGCCCCCAGCAUCCAUUGCAACCGUUAAUCACAGUCACGUAGACUGCACAUAUCCCGUAUCGUUAGCCAUUCUUGUAAAUAUCUUUGUAUCGUGUUAUCAUAGUACUAUAGUUUAUACUAUGUAUUUGUAGCCCACCCCUUCCCUUUCUCUUGUUGCAUUCUUGGACUCGGAUGACUAGCACUUCUUUAUUGAUUGGCCCUCACAGAAACGGUGAUAAUGGUGUUUAGCAUACGUACAUAGCAUACAUGUCUUCUCCCUUCGAGUGUAAUAGGAUGCUUAUUGAUUGU